CCAAAAGUGACGUUAUUUCUACUUUAAAAGAAUAUAAAAUUUCAAAGAUGAGAAAUCCCAGUCCUUUUUAUUCUGAUCACAGGGAUGUGGGUGAUAAAGUAGAAAUUGGUCAAAUUCUACUAAAGGUUAUAAGUAAAUUGUCUCGAGAUCAGAAACCAUUCGAAAAAGUUUUGCAUACUACUAGUAUAGAAGAGUGGCGGCAGUUAUUAUUUUUACAAACCAAUGAGAUGUCUCAAGAAGCGACGAAACCAGAAGUCCUGAAAACGUUAUUAGCCGGAAGUAGAAAGUGUGUUUUGGAACCAGUGAUUAGACCUCCAACUAGGAAAAGAGUUAAGGAAUGGUUAUUGAAAAAUGUUUCAAUCAAAUCUGAAGAAAAUCACAUAGAUCAAGAUGACAUAAAUAAAAAUAUCGACGAAUUGGAAAAUUCUCAAGCUUUGGGCUUGAAUGAAGAAGAAAUCAAUAGUAGUUUAAGUCUUGAAGCUAGUGAUAAGGUAAAACCAAACACCAAUGAUACAUUGCAAGUGACUAUGCAUCCUGAUGGAUCUUUUCUGUGCUUCGGAAAUGUUGAUAAUAAGCAAGAUACAACUAGUUCAAUCGAAUCAUCAACAGUUGAAGUAAAUUUCCUUACACUGAUGUUGGUGGAAGUACACACAUCUGUUAGAGGGGAUUAUAAUCCGGAUCCCGCAUUGGACCCCAUAAAAGCAAUAUUUUACACGGUGACAAACGACUGCCCCGAAAAUCAUUUCCUAACAAAAUCUUAUACGGAAAUUUUAGUAAUCGAUGCAACGAGUUUACCGAAAUACUUAGAUAGGUGCAUUUUCGAUUGUCACGUAACAUACGUGCCUAGCGAAAUGGAAAUCAUAGAAAAGUUAAUCGAAAUAGUUAAUAAGCAUAACCCUGAUAUUAUGUGUGGGUAUGAAAUAGAAAUGAACUCGUGGGGCUACAUUUUCGAAAGAGCCCAAGUGUUAGUUGAUAUUAUAAAAGACAUAUCUCGGAUAACAGAAAAAAAUAGACAAAAACGAUGGAGAAGCGAUGAUAAAGAUUUGGAAGGGAAGAUUAUUGGACGAGUUAUAUUUAACGUGUGGCGCCUAUUCCGACAUGAAUUAGCGUUAUCAAGCUACAGUUUCGAGAACUGUAUGUACGAGAUAUAAGAGAGAGUCCCUACUUACAGUUAUGCUCAAUUAUCAGAGUGGUGGAGUGAUGAGUCGAAGAUAUUUCGGUGGAUUCCCGUGGAGUAUUACCUUACGAGAUUAUCUGGCACUGUUAGAAUGUUGGAAAAAUUAGAUAUUAUAAACAGAACAUCAGAACUCGCGAGACUGUUCGGUCUUCAAUGGUGGGAGGUACUGUCCAGAGGGUCGCAGUUCCGUGUGGAAUCUUUGAUGCUUCGUGCUGCCAGACCGCUAAAUCUAGUGGCACUCUCGCCAACCGUCAAACAGAGGGCGGCUAUGCGGGCGCCUGAAUGCCUGCCCCUCAUAUUUGAACCUGAAUCAAGAUUCUACUCAGAUCCAGUUAUAGUGUUAGACUUUCAAAGCCUCUAUCCGUCAAUGAUGAUAGCUUAUAAUUAUUGUUCAACUUGCAUUGGCCGAGUUCAGAACAUUGAUGGAAAUUCCGCCUACGAGUUCGGAGCUUGGCGACUACGAAUACCCCAAUCGAAAUUAGAAACUCUGGUAAAGAAGGGCUUGGUGCAUUGGUCACCGGUCGGUGUGGGCUUCGUAAAACCUUCCGUCCGUCAUGGAGUUUUGCCGGCGCUCCUGCGCAGGAUCCUCGCGGCAAGACAAGCUGUUAAGAAGAACAUGAAACUACAGACCGACGAAACAGUGAAGAAAGCAAUGCAUUCCAGGCAGUUAGGUCUGAAGUUAAUUGCGAACGUGACGUACGGCUACACGGCGGCCAACUUCAGCGGGCGCAUGCCGUGCGUCGAAGUGGGGGACAGCGUCGUCGCAAAGCAGGAGACGCUGGAACGCGCCAUCAAAUUAGUACAGAACUCACAUUGGAAUGCUAAGGUAGUGUACGGAGACACUGAUUCUAUGUUCGUGUUGGUCCCGGGCGGCACGAGAGCGGAAGCCUUCGAAAUCGGCCAACAGAUAGCAGACGCCGUCACCGCCGAUAAUCCCUCGCCAGUUGCACUCAAACUGGAAAAGGUUUAUCAGCCGUGCAUUUUACAAACAAAGAAGCGUUAUGUGGGUUACAUGUACGAAAGUGCACAACAAGAAACGCCCGUGUAUGAAGCAAAGGGCAUAGAAACUGUGCGGAGAGACGGUUGUCCUGCUGGUGUGAAGUUGCUGCAGCAGUCGCUGUGCGAGUUGUUCUCCCGCGGCGACGUGUCGGCGGUGAAGCGGCGCACGCAGGCGCUGCUGGCGCGCCUGGCCGACGGCUCGCUGCCGCCCCACCAGCUGCUCUUCACGCGCGAGUACCACGGCGCCGCCGGCUACCGGCCCGGCGCCGCCGCACCGCCCAACGAAAUAGCCAAACGCAUAGCUAGCCGCGACGUGCGCGCGGUGCCCCGCGCAGGCUGGCGCGUGUCGUGGGCGGUGGCGGCGGGCGCGCCGGGCGCGGCGCUGGUGCGGCGCGCGCGCACGCCGCGCGAGCUGCUGCGCGAGCCGGCCGCGCGGCCGCACGUCGCCUACUACGCCACGCGCGUGCUGCUGCCGCCGCUGCACCGCUGCCUCUCGCUCCUCGGCGUCGAUGUCUUCAAAUGGUGGAGUGAGCUCGGGUAUUGCAAAAUUGCGCAGCAAGCUGAAUUGGUACACACGGGUGGCAUCGCGCGCUACAUGUCUCGCGAGCGGUGCGCGGUGUGUGGCGCGCGAGUGGCGGGGGGGGCGGGCGCCGUAUGCGCACAAUGUGCGCACACGCAGCGCGCUGCCGCUAUGCUCAGCUCUAGGCUGGCUUCCGCCGGUGCGGAAGUCUCCUAUUGUAACAAAAUCUGCGAAUCUUGUUGUGGACAUAGUCAAGUAAUGAAAUGCGAAAAUACAGAAUGCCCCGUGUUAUGGAGACGCAUUAGUGCACGUCAGAGAUUGAACCAAACGCAAGAACUUUUAACACAUUUACCAUCUAACCAGAAUUGAAAUCAAGUCGCAAUAAAAAUUCGGUCAUUUUGUUUGAAUACAUAUAAUAUGUGCAUACCUAACCAAAAAAUAAAUGAAAUAUGUUUA